AUGGUUAAUGCAACAGUUUUGCAUGAUGGACAACAAAUUCAAAUAAAUUUACCUGAUAAUCCAUCAUUAGAUAUAAUAUUUAAAUAUUUACAUGAAAAAUUACCAAGAACGUUUGAUUUUCGUACCCAUAUAAUUCAAUUAUUUGAUCCGAUAAUAGGAGAAUUUUUUGAUUUAAACGAUGAUGGUCUUAAAUCAUGGUAUUGUCUUCCAUAUAAAGAAAAAAAUCAAAUGCGUUUACAAGUUAUUCGUGCUGGUAUUGAUUAUGAUGAUACAAAUCAUCAAUGUGAAAUAAAUACCAAUGAUCAAAAUAUGUCAGAAGUUUUCAAAAAAAUCGAAUGUGAUAUUGAUAAUUUAUUUGGUGCUAUUGCAAAUCUUCAAACAACGGCUAAUGGUAUUCGUCAAGAUUUCAAAUCGGCUCUUGAUAAAUAUCAGAAAUAUCAGGAAGAAAAAAUUUUAUCAGCAAAAACCAAUGGACAAACAGUAAUGCCAAAUGUAAAUCGAACACAGAAUAGUAAUGUUUCACGAGAUCAAAUUUCGUCGCCUAAAAUUCAAAAUGGAAAUACCGAUCGACCAAUACGUUAUCCAGCUGAAGAUAUUCGGUUUAAAAAUAAACCAAUCCAACAAGAAAUUGUUCAACCGAUUCCUGUUGUACAACAAGUGCCAUUAGUUUCGAACGUCUAUCAAGAUGAUGAUGAUGACGAUGACGAAGAAUUGGCUGAGCAUAAUAAUAAUAAUAAUACACCUAUUGAUCAGACUUUACCGAUAGUCGACAUUGAAACAGUAUUAUUAAAUGUCGGUGAAGAUUUUCAAGCUCUUGUUUCAAUUGCUGUCAAUCCAUCGUAUUUCUUUGUUCAAAAUACGCUAUAUACGCAUGAUCUUGAAAGACUUGCACAAAGCAUGAACGAUUACUAUUCGGCAACAGAUCCACCGUCAGUAACUUAUAGACCAAUGGAAAUGAGUUGUUGUGCGGCUCGUUAUUCCGUUGAUAAUCGAUGGUAUCGUGCUCGAAUAAAACGAUACAGUUCAGAAACAACUGUUGAACUUGUCUAUCUUGAUUAUGGUAAUAAUGAAGAACGUGAUAUAACUGAAUUACGUCCACUUGAUCCAGCAUUUACUGAUUUACCUGUUCAAGCUAUUUGUGCAGCGCUUGAGUUAUUACCACUAAAUGGUGAUAAUAAUAGUUCCUGGACAAAAAAGGCUAGUUUUAAAUUUCACGAAGAUACACUAACAAAACCACUCGAUGUACGUAUUAUUGCACAGCCAACGUUACAAUGGCCAAUGUAUUUUGUACAACUUACAAUUGAUGAACAUACAGAUGUUGCUGAAACAUUAAUAUCAUUACGUCAUGGUCGGCGAGCAUCACUUGCAGAAAUUGUACAAAUUGUUGGUCCUCGUCUUGAUCUUAAUGAUUAUGCUGCUUAUAAUUUACCAAAAGAAAUUCUAGACAAAGCAGUAAAUAUCAUGAUUCCUACGAGACAACCAAAUCAUGCUCCCAUUAUGCCAAACGCUAUGAAACCAGAGAGUGGAGGACGGGGUAAAAUCUCAGCAAAUGCGUCCGGUAGAAUAUCUCGUGCAAGUAAUAUUCCACCGAUUAAUUUGAAUCUAAACGAUAAUAUUGGCUCAUGUACAAUAACAUCGAUAAUAUCGCCAUCACAUUUUUUUAUUCAAUUAAGCGAAAAAAAUAAUUUCGAGCAAAUCUAUAACAAUGUCAAUGAAACCUAUUUGGAACGUAUAUCAUGUGAUCGUAUGGCACGUUUGAAAAACUUUUCAAUCAAUGCAUUAGGUGUUGCACGAAAUAAUCGCGAUCAACGUUUUUAUCGUGUACAAAUUAUAAAUCAUGACCGCGAACGUAAAGCAUUACUCGUACUUUGCAUUGAUUUUGGUGAAUAUAUAACAGUACAAGAAUCGUCCAUCUAUGAACUUAUAUCGGAAUAUCAAAUCUAUCCAUCACAGGCAAUAAAAUGUUCAUUAGGUUUAAUCCAUUCGGUUAAUGAAGAUUGGUCACGUGAAGCAAUGAAUUUAAUGAAUCGUUUCAUUGGCGGAAAAGGUUUUAAAACAUUUCGAUUCUAUUCAUUAGGUACAUCGACACAAACCAUCAAACUUGGCGAUUCAUCUUUGCCUAUCAUAUUAUACGAUAUGAAUACAUCUAUCAAUUCUAUCAACGAACAAUUGAUUGAAAGAAAACUUGCAAUGCCCGAUCCAAAUUAUUUGGAAUAUAUACGUGCUGCUAAUGAUGCCAUGAGUGAUUUAAAUGGUUAUAAAAAUCAACGUAUUAGACAAUAUAUUGAAUCUCAAAGAAACUAUACUCAAAAACAAACAGAUAAAACACAAGCAGCACCAUCGGUUUCAGUUGAAAAAAAUCAAGUCGAUGUUCGAUAUGAACCACCACAAAAACAACAAAUUAAUAAUCCAAUUAUUAAUUCCAAUACUAUUGAACCACUUCCUCUACCGGAUGAUGAAGAAAAUUUACCCUAUUGUCCACCUGUGGUCGAACCAGAACCACGACAUUGGUAUGCUGUUGAAGUCACACAUGUGAAGUCGGCUGGUGAAUUUUAUAUUCGAUAUCCAUUUGGCCUUGACACGUCACUUGGUCAAGGUGGUGAACCUGCUCGUUAUCCUGAAGAAAUUGAACCAAAUCAAAUGCUCAAUGAUCUUCAUCGAAAUAUGGCAGAUUUAUAUUCAACUGAACAACGUCGAGGUAUAUCAACAGCGACUGCAUAUUGCCGGGGUCAAAUGGUUGCUGUUCGCUAUCAAUCCCAUUGGUAUCGUGCACGUGUAUUAGAAUUUAAACCAACAACAAAUUUUGCAUGGGUUCAAUUUGUUGAUCAAGGUGAAACCCGUGAACUAGGCACCAAUACAAUGCGACCAUUGCAUUCAAAAUUUCUUGAUUUUCCAUUACAAGCCUAUCUAUGUCGUUUGGAUGGGUUUGAUGCUACCUAUCCAUGGACAACACAAGAUAAAGAUUUGUUUAAAAAGAAAAUACGUGAUAAAAUUUUUUAUGCAAAAAAAACGCAUGAACCAAAUCUAAUUCAAUUAGUUGAAUUUGUUGAUGGUGCACUUGUUUCAUUUGAUUCAUUUUGGAAUACACUUCAUCAUUCACAUAAAUCAGUUGAAAUACCAAAACCGAUUCAAUUAAAUCGUCAUGCGCCUUCAACUGUAGCAAAUCCUCGACAAGCAUUUUUACCAAUGCCAACUAAUGAAGCGCCUGUUCGUAAUCUCCAACCAGUAGUAGCUGGCCUGGUUAAUUAUGGAAGCGGUUCAGAAUAUAGUCAAACGUCAUCGAUGAUGCCUAAAUCGUCUGCAACGAAAAAACCAAGCGGUGUAACUAUUCCACCGCCACCAGCACCAUCCACAAAUAGACAACCAAUGCAAUUCAUAUCAGCUGGUUUCAAACAACCAGUUGACUAUACACAUUUAUCACCUAGUGAACAAUUAGCACAAUUACAACAGCAAGGAGGCCAUCGAAUUCAAUCAACGGGUGGCUAUUCCAUUAAUAAACAUUUUCGUCAACAACAAUAA